AUGUUCCCGGGCGCCGACCCCGACACGCUCGGCGCGGCCGAUCGACGGAAGCGCCAGGCGCUAGGAGCUGUCCCAGGAUAUGAUAGAGAGGGGGCUUAUCUAUUGUAUGGCAGACGCAGCUGUUUGGCUAUGGCACCCUCGUUUGAUAUAUCCCCUGCGCCCGUCGAAUGUUUUGACCAGCUCCGCGCCUCGAGAGCGGAUAGCUGUGAAAUGUUAAUGCACUUAUUUGUCACCGCCAUCGCUUUCAAGGAGCCUUUCCAGAGAAAUGUAUUCUCUGGCACGCUGCGCGGGAGAGAGCGCCGUCUCGACGAGUUCCCGGAUAACAUCAAGUCGAAAGCUGUUCAUCCUGUGUUCUUCAACAUAGGAAUCAACCAGCAACAGAGUCUGGCUGAAAGGUUUGGAGACAGCUCUGUUCAGGACAGGAUUAACCAGAGGAGCUUUGAGCUUCUGAAGGUCUACUACAACACACUGAAGAAGACACUGCCCUCUGUCUGUGGUGUGGAGGUGGAGGAGGUGCUGGUGUCUCUGCAGGUCAGCCUGCAGAGCAGGAGGAGGAAGAACACAGAUGUGCUCUGGCUGGCAGCUCAGGUGUGCAGGGCUCUGAGGGGGGUCAGAUUGACCAGCUGUAAGAGUGCUAAGGACCGCACCUCCAUGUCUGUCACCCUGGAGCAGGUCAGGGUGCUCAGCCAGCAGCACAACCUCAGCCCCCAACACUUCCCCCGCGCGCUGGACUGCAUGAGGAGUGCCCGUCAGGGCUGGGGUCAGAUGGCUCCUGGGGGGUGUGGGGGGUGUGUCCAGGGCCAGGCCCCGCCCCCCUCCCUGGCGGUGCUACUAGUCUCUGCCCACCUGCUGGUGGUUUGGCUCCUCCUCCUCAGCCUGGUGCUGCUGGCUCGGCCCCUCUAACACUGGAGGGCUGCCGGAUGGAGAACGUGCAGAAGAAUAUCUGCAGCAGGAAGUACGCCUUCAACAGUGUUCAGCUGCUCACCUUCCCCAGACUGUACCGCCCUCCGGAGGGCACCUACGGCAAGGCGGGGUCCUAGAGGAGGGGGGGGGUCCUA